ACGCGCAAUAGGCGGGGGUCGGCCUUGUAGGCGGCUUUGUCUGAUUGGUUGUUGUCAUGCACGCGCUGUGGCGGGAGCUGUUGCUUGGUGUGGCUGCCUGUGAGCUGAUUGAGUGUACGCAGCACCGGGAGGCAUAGACACUGUGCUCCGCCGAACGGGAGAAGGACUGGGACUCUUGGGCACCAGCACAGACAAGCGGAAAAGGUCGAGUUGUCAUUCAGUGGAAAGGAUUUAGCGGGGCACAAAGGACUGCUCCAGAAGACCUGCCACUCUCUGCCCGAGGGCAAGCACGUUUCAUCCAAGGGAACCGGCAAGACCCUGCACAUCUUUCCUCUUCUAAUCCCGUCAGACCCGUGCCCUGCUCAGCAUUAGAAGGCAUUCUCAUCAAAUCCAUGGCAGAAGGUAUGACCUGAAUAGAUUCCUUUGAAAACUCAUUUGAUAUUCUACCAUUGUAAUAUGUCAAAAGAAAACUGGAAUGAACCAUCUUUCGAGUUAAGAGGUAUCCGCCAUUCAAGAAACCAGCAAAAGUAUUUUACAAUGGAUGUUGAUGAUGAAGAAAAUCUGAGUUCAAGCAGCGCCAAUGUUAAGGAAAAUCGUAACUUGGAUGGAGCUUCAGGAAAAGACGGAAGUGGCCAAGCUACCAUAGAGGGGGCUCCGCUUUCCAAUGGGAGUGAGGGAAGGAACAGCAGGAAACGCCCUUUAGAAGAAGGCAACUAUGGCCAUUCCAAGUUCCGCCCAAAGAAGAGGAAGAAAAUUCCGGGCCCUGUGUUGCCAAAGAAUGCUCUUAUGCAACUGAAUGAAAUAAAGCCUGGCUUACAGUACAAGCUUAUAUCUCAGACUGGACCUGUUCAUGCACCUGUCUUUAUAAUGACUGUUGAAGUAAAUGGACAAAUUUUUGAAGGUUCGGGACCUACUAAGAAGAAGGCUAAGCUUAAUGCUGCUGAGAAGGCUUUAAGGUCAUUUGUGCAAUUCCCAAACGCAUCAGAAGCUCAUCUAGCAAUGGGCAGAACUCUGUCUAUUAAUACUGAUUUUACCUCUGACCAAGCAGACUUUCCAGAUACUCUCUUUAAUGGAUUUGAGAAAUCAGAACAGUCUGAGCAUGUUUUCUUGGGAUCUAAUGGCAAUGAAUCCUUUAAUUCGGCAAGCGACUAUAGCUUAUUGAUGAUUGGAAACAGUAACUUUAUUCAGUCUCCCCUUCCGACACCAUCUUUGUUCCCACCAGCUAGUGGAAAAAAUCCUGUGAUGAUUUUAAAUGAGCUUCGUCCUGGCCUUAAAUAUGACUUUGUCUCUGAGAGUGGUGAAAGCCAUGCCAAGAAUUUUGUAAUGUCAGUAACUGUAGACAAUGAAACAUUUGAAGGAUCUGGAAGAAACAAGAAACUUGCAAAGGCAAGAGCAGCACAAUCUGCUCUUGCAUCACUUUUUAAUAUGCACUUGGAUCAGACUCCUUCCAGACAGCCUAUUCCAAGUGAAGGCCUACAAUUACAUUUACCCCAGGUUCUGUCUGAUGCUGUUGCACGCUUGGUUGUAGACAAAUUCAGCGACUUGACUGAUAAUUUUACAUCUCCGCACGCACGCCGUAAGGUUCUUGCUGGAGUUGUCAUGACAACAGGAACAGAUGUUAAAGAUGCCCAAGUCAUAUGUGUUUCCACUGGAACUAAGUGUAUCAACGGGGAGUACAUGAGUGAUCGAGGCCUUGCUUUAAACGACUGUCAUGCUGAAAUUAUAUCUCGCAGGUCGCUACUUAGAUUUCUCUACACACAGCUUGAGCUGUUUUUAAGCACUAAGGAGCACCAUCAAAAGUCUAUAUUUACGAAGUCAGAACGGGGAGGAUUUAAGCUUAAGGAUAAUGUUCAGUUUCAUUUGUACAUUAGUACAUCACCCUGUGGUGAUGCUCGUAUUUUCUCACCGCAUGAAGCUGGACAGGAAGACCAAGGGGAUCGGCAUCCUAACCGAAAGGCAAGAGGGCAACUUCGUACCAAAAUAGAGUCUGGAGAAGGGACCAUACCAGUUCGAUCAAGCAGCACUAUCCAGACAUGGGAUGGUGUUCUACAAGGAGAGCGGUUGCUUACAAUGUCCUGCAGUGACAAGUUAGCAAGGUGGAAUGUUGUAGGCAUCCAGGGAUCCCUGCUCAGCCUGUUUGCUGAACCAAUUUACCUGUCAAGCAUUAUCUUGGGUAGCCUGUAUCAUGGUGACCACCUAUCAAGGGCUGUCUAUCAGCGGAUAUCGGAUAUAGAAGAUUUACCCCUACUUUACGCACUCAAUAAGCCCUUAUUAAGUGGAAUAAGCAAUGCUGAAGCACGACAGCCUGGAAAAGCUCCCGGUUUCAGUGUAAACUGGACAGUUGGAGACUCUGGCCUUGAAGUUAUUAAUGCAACUACAGGCAAAGAUGAAAUGGGGCGUGCAUCACGCUUAUGCAAGCAUGCUCUGUACAGCCGAUGGAUGAGAAUUCAUGCAAAGUUGUCUUCCAGCAUGAGGUGUAAAACCGGGAAACCUAACAUGUACCAUGAUACCAAACAGUCGGCGGUUGAAUACCAGUCUGCAAAAGAAUGUGUCUUCAAAGUCUUUCAGAAGACAGGACUGGGAGCCUGGGUUAAAAAACCCAUAGAACAGGACCAGUUUUCUUUCAAUGUUUAAUGCAAUGGACAAAGACCUUUUUUUUUGUUUGUUUUUUUGUAAUCUUUGAAUUGGCAGGGGUUAUCAACACUAGUUAAAAUGUGGUUUUGAUUUUUGUCUCUAACGUGCCAAUCAUCUUCCAUAACUUUUGGACUUGUCACCCA